GACUUCCCCCGCCGCAAGUACCUGGUGUUCGCCAUGUCGGAGGAGCAGCUGAGCAACGCGCGCACCCACAUCAUCGAGGCUGCGCGCCUGGCUCAGAUGUCCAACCGCAUCCUCGUGCUGCCCAAGGCCAGUCGCAGCCACCUCUCCCUCGGCCGCUCACUGCCCCUCUGCGCGUACUGGGACCUCACAAAGCUGGCAGCCACAGCGGAGUGGGUGUCGCCGCAGCUCUUCCUGCUGCUCGCCCGCGCUGCCCUCCCCACCCCCUCCGUGGGCUUCAUGUGGGUGCAGUCGCCCUACCUCGGACGCACUGCCUUCCACUACGAGCUAGCCUCGGAGUUCCUGGGACAGCUGCUGCCAUUCGCCAUGGGGCACGUGCCUCUGAAAGCCAACACUCUGGACGUCAAGAUGCCUGCCCGGGAUGACACCAUGGCCCUCACACUCAAGGCGUGGAGCAACAGGGACGUGGUGGUGUGGUUCAAAACCACGUGGGAGCGAGUGAAGUUCCACCCGCACACGGACGACAUUGCGCUGCCCCUGCUGCCGUACCAGAGCAGCCUGCAUGUCACGGCUGAGCGCCUGCUGGCCCGCCUGCCCCGCCCCCUCAUCGCCGUUCACUUCCGCUCCGAAUUCAUCGCGUUCCGAGUGCAAGAGGACAUGAUAGGUCAGGGCGGCAAGGCGAAUGCGAGCAUGGUGCAGCAGCGGCUGGACUGGUGUGUGGGGGAGGCAGAGCGCCUCAUCACCACCGUCCGCGACUCGCUCUCCCACUCCUCCGCCGGUGGCAACAGCACCACCGCCACUGGCAGCAGCAGCACCAGUGGCAACAGCAGCACCCCCACUGGCAGCAGCAGCACCAGUGGUAACAGCAGCACCCCCACUGGCAGCAGCAGCACCAGUGGUAACAGCACCACCCCCCCCAGCAGCAGCAGCACCAGUGGCAACAGCAGCACCGCAAGUGGCAGUGGCGGCGGGCCAUCGGUGUUCAUCGCAGCAGACGUGCCGUUCAACGAGUCUGCAGCCCCGGCACGGUCGGACUCGUGGACGGAGAUGGUGCAGUGGUACGAUGGGGACUCCCGCGUGCUGCAGUCCUCGUCCGCUGCGCUGCACCGCCUGAGAAGAAACGUGCAUGGCACUGUUAUGAUUGAUGAAAUCAUGCCAGAAGUCAACGAGUUUGACCCAGGCGUGGUGGCAAUCCUAGACAAGCUCGUGUGUGCGAAUGCAGACGUGUUUCUGGCGGGGUCGUGGAACUGUGGGGGCGGCAGGGGGUACGAGACGGACAUUAUCAAGCACCGCCGCCAGUCUGGUUAUUCGGAUGACACGCUGCAGCGAUGGGCGGAAGGGUAG